AUGGCGUACAUUUUUGCUGAGCACUACUUUACCAGGACUCCCAAUUCUUAUCGCUUGUUUCUUCCGGAGAGUCCAAGGUGGCUGCUGUCGCAGGGUCGAUAUGACGAGGUCGUCGCUAUUGCCAAAAGAAUAGCGAAAUGCAACAAAAAACCUUUGCCAGAUAUGGAUGCUUUUGUGCAACAGUGUGAAGAAGAAAUGCAUUUAGCACAACGCGGCAAACGGUUCGGAUUUUGGGAUCUCUUCCGGACCCCUGCCCUUACCAAAGUUACAGCUAUGAUCAUGUUUAUUUGGUUUACAUGCAGUCUUCUAAGCUACAGUUUAGUAUUUAAUAUAAAGAAUUUGCCAGGCAACAAAUAUGUUCACCUUGCCAUCAACGCCAGUCUUGCGUACUUCGAUGCGAUUCUCAUACCCAUAUUAACAAGAUGGAUUGGUCGAAGUAGAAUAGCGAAUGUCUGUCUGCUUGCAGCGGCAGUUUUACUGAUUCCGCUCAUUGUCCUAGUGGCUAUUGGGAGAUACACCGAGUUGUGGGUGGUAGUCUCAGUGCUAUCUAACAUAGCAGCAACCAGUGUACUAAUGGGUUGGCAAGCCAUGCUUAUUCUGACCUCGGAAAGCUACCCGACGCCCAUAAGGAAUCAAGGACUAGGUUUUGCCUCCAUGUCGGCUAGAAUAGGCGGUAUCAUUGCUCCUCAAAUGGUUUAUGUGACGAAGUUCUGGGAGGGGUCACCUUACGUCAUCAGCGGCUGUUUCGCUUUGGCAGCAGGCUUGGUUACAUGCUUCUUGCCUGAAACAAGACAUAAAGCGCUAGAAGAUAGUCUGCCACCGAGAUCUUGGUGCUUCUGUUUGUCCAAAAGGAAAAAGAAGUCUUUCGACCAGGCUGAGAACACUGACGUUCCUUUACAAGAACAUAUGCUGCAAAAUGACGCAGGGCAACGUUUUACGGAAAAAAUAUAA